AUGUCAACUCAACAAGAAAUCAAUAUAGUUUUAAGAAUAAUGGCUCCCGGACACAAAAAUCUGCAAAAGAAAGUGAACCAAAAAUUUAUAGAUUAUAUUUUACUAUUUUUACUGGUGAUAGAUAUUGUGAUAGCCAAUAACCCACCAAGAUUGAAUAUUAAAAAUGUUUUAAUUUGGCCAGAGAAUACCCAAAUUGGGACUAUAAUAGGAAAUCUAACUGGUAUUGAUGAGGAUGGUCCUAGUCCGUUACAAUUUAAAACACAUACCCAGGAAACAGGAAAACUGGUCGAACUGAGUGAACCUCGUGAUGUUGGUGCUGACACUAGAGUGGUAGAUAUUAUACUAAAAAAGGAACUAGAUAGAGAUUACGAACCACCAGAAAGAAAAUUGUAUUUUACGGUCACGGAUUCAACGAGUGAGGUAUCUGCCCAAAUUUCCCUAUUUUUAAGUGAUGUUAAUGAUGUCAAACCUCAGUUUGAAAAUUUACCAUAUAAGGCAACAGUAAAUGAGAGUGUGGUGCCAAAUUCUGUGAUAUUUAGUGGAGUUCUGGCAGUAGAUCCUGAUAAUGGUAGAGGUGGAACCGUACAGUAUUCUAUGGAAGUUGGGUCUGAUGCUCAGGGAGCUGAUGAAGACUACAGGACAACGUUUCAGAUUGAUCAAGUAACAGGCAAUAUCAGUGUUAUUAAACCAUUGAAUUAUGAAAAACAUAACUUCUAUCAGUUUAAAAUCAGAGCUGAGGAUGGUCUAGGUUUAGAAGGUAUACCAGUAGAUUUUGUAGUCACAGUGUUAGAUGUUCAGGAUACACCACCUUAUUUUGUUAAUUUACCUUACAAUGUGGAGGUAGAAGAGGAUGUUGCUGUGGGAAAGUCAAUAUUACAAGUUACUGGUAUAGAUGGAGAUCGUGGUGUACCAAAUAGUUUAACUUAUAACUUCAUCAGAGGAGAUUUUGAGAAGUUUAAUAUAGAUCAGAGAACUGGUGUUAUAACAGUAAAUACGUCUCUAGAUCGUGAUACACCAGAUGUAAGAAAUACUGGUGGAGUAUACGCUAUGUAUGUUGAGGUAGGUACAGAGCAUCUUGUUGAUCCCUCUGGUCAGUGGCCACUGUCGGUGAUGCAGGCAAGUGAAAUAGUACCAAUAGAUCAAGUCAAUAAUGGUGAUACUGUAGCUACCACAUUAGUUACUGUAACAGUACAAGAUAUAAAUGAUAAUCAACCAGCCUUUGAUUCCAGCAACUACCAGGCUUCUAUUCUAGAGAACAUGCAGAAUGGUGUUCCUAUAGAGUUUCAAACUGGUACUAUGAGAUGUUCAGAUGUAGAUGAGGGCACCAACAGUCAUUUUGUGUUGUCUCUAGAGCAGAAUGGUCAACCAUAUUAUGAUUUUUCUCCCCUACCUGCAGAAGUUUAUUCUGAAUCUACCAUCUUAAUACGAGUCAAUAAUUCGGAGAAUCUAGAUUAUGAGAAAAAUAAAGAGAUAAUAUUUGAGGUUGUAGCUAGAGAAGUUGAUACAGUAGAAAGAAGAUCUAGUACUGCUACUGUGACUCUUCAAGUUAAUGAUAUGAAUGAUAACCCUCCUGUCUUUCCUAAUGAUACAUAUCUUGUUAAAAUCAAUGAAAAUACUCCAGUUCGUACAGAAGUGAUCCUUUUAGAGGCUACUGAUGCUGAUGAUGGACUAUAUGGAACAAUUGUUUAUUCAAUACGAGGGGCUAACAAUAAAUUUGGAAUCCAGCCAGCCAGUGGUCAGGUGUAUAUUGCUAAUGAUAUUGAUAGAGAAGAGGCAGAUGAAUAUUAUCUAACAGGAGAAGCUAGAGAUGGUGGAGGAUCACGAACACCAGUUGAAGUCAGGAUCAUAAUACUAGAUGUUAAUGAUAAUGCUCCAGAGUUUAGACGAGAAAGUUACGAAGCCAUUCUCAGAGAAAGUGAUUCAGAUUUUCUCCGACCUUUAUUUGUUGAGGCAACAGAUGAAGAUCAAGUUGGGACUAAUAAUAGUAUAGUAAAAUAUCGUAUAGUAGAAACACCAGCUAACUUAGAGUCUAAUUUUACUAUAAAUCCCGAUACAGGCCGAAUACAAGUUAUAGAUACAAUAGAUUAUGAGGAAUUAGAUCCAGUAUUAGAUGGUAUUAUUAAUCUAAAAGUAGAAGCUUAUGAUCUGGCUGUUGAUUCUUUAUCUACAGUUAUUAAUGUUACUAUUACAGUUGAGCGUUAUAAAAAAAAUUACUUUUAUGGCAAUUCUAUAAUUUUACUGUUUAUGACUCAUUCCAAUCUAUUUACAGGAACUGUAUUACUGGAAGUCAAAGCUUCAGAUUCAGAUGGAACAAACCCCAACAAUGAGAUAAUUUAUAGAAUUGAGAGUGGUGCCUUGGAUAAAUUCAGAAUUAAUUUUGAGACUGGUCAACUGUUGGUAGAAACAGGAGCUAGACUGAAUCGAGAAGAGAAGGAUGUAUUUGUUAUGAAUGUAUCGGCCAUUGAUAAAGGCACCCCACCACAAACUGGACGUUGUACUGUAACAGUUACUCUCACUGAUGUUAAUGAUGAAAUGCCAGUUUUUAAACCUGCCAGUCAGACUGUAGGUAUUAUAGAAAGUGCCAAUGUGGGUGAUGCAUUGUUGAGUUAUACAGCAAAAGACAAUGAUGACAACAGUCAACUACAAUAUGAGAUUAUGAAAGAUCAAAUCAAGGCAUAUAAUGAAAGAAAUCAACUUAUUGAUGCUGAAUUGUUAAAUGUAACUGAUUAUUUCACUGUUGUGACUGACAGUGGAUUGGUUGUUAUCUCUGGGAAAUUAGAUCGAGAAGUAGCAGAGAGAAUUGAACUACCUAUAGUAGCUACUGAUUUAAACGCUUGGAGACCUGCUGAACAAACUGCUAGUGCCAUUCUGACCAUAGUUCUAGCAGAUGCCAAUGAUAAUGCUCCUGUGUUUAAACCUAGCUCAACUUAUACUGUUAAGAUAUCAGAAGGCCAAGAUAUUGAUAAUGAGGCUCUACGAGUCGAGGCUACAGACCCAGAUAAAAAUCAACUGGUAAAAUUUACUCUUGGAUCUGAUGGCGAGAAACACUUCAAAAUUGAUGAAGACACUGGUAUAAUUAAGAUCAAACAGAAAUUAGACAGGGAAAAAGAACCCACCUUGACAUUCUCAGUUGUAGCAGAAGACAAUGAUGUAUCACCACUGUCAUCAACAGCAACUGUUUCUGUCACUGUUCUGGAUGUCAAUGACAAUGCACCAAUAUUUAGAGAACAUCCUCAGUUUUAUACUGUCAGAGAAGAUGCUGAUGUCAGUACAGAGGUUGGUGAGAUCCAAGCAGAUGACCCAGACACUGGAAAUUUUGGGAAGGUGUUUUAUCAAUUAGAAGGAAUUGACAGUGAUGGAACUUUUAAAAUUGAUGAAAAUUUGGGUGUGAUUUCUGUUGAUAAAGUUCUAGACAGAGAAAAGAAAGGUGAAUACAGUCUGGUUGUCGUAGCAACUGAUAAUAAACCAGAUUUAAAAGAUCAACGAUCCAAUCGCACAACAGUAACAAUACGACUGGACGAUAUUAAUGAUAAUUCUCCAGUCUUUUUAAACAGUGAUUCUGAUAUACCAAAUAUACCAGAAUCUUCUCCUUUAGAUACAAACGUCUUCACAGUGCAGGCCUCAGAUAAAGAUCUCGGAAAGAAUGGAAGUGUAGAAUAUUCUCUGGGAGUAGACACAAAUGCUACAAACAACAAUGGAGAACAAAUUUUUAGAAUUGAUCAGAAUGGGAAAAUCUUUGUUGCAGCUGAUUUACGUAGUGCUCUUGGUUUACGUUAUGUCACAGUUGAAAUUCAAGACAAAGGUGUCCCUCCUCUUACAAAUAGUUCAGCAUUCUAUUUCCGAAUAGCAGAUGUGAAUGACGAUCCACCAUCUUUUAAAAUUCCUGAUCCAAAUAAUCCAGUUGUGCUUACAGAAGAGGGCCAGCCAAUCAAUACAACUGUAAUAAAUAUAGUAGCUGAGGAUGAUGAUCAAGGUGAAAAUGGACGAGUUGUAUAUUCAAUCAUGUCUUCACCAACAGAUGAGGAUUGGAAGAAAUUUGACCUUGACCCUCUUACUGGUCGUCUGAGUAACAAGGAGAUCCUUGAUCGAGAAACACAGGAGAAAUAUGAGAUUCGUGUGAGAGCUUCUGAUAAUGGAUUACCUAGAAAUCAUAAAACAGAUAUGACUAUCAUAAUAAUGAUCAAGGAUGUUAAUGACCAGGAUCCUGAAUUCAGUCGUCAGAAACUAGAAACACCACAUAAAAUGGCUGUAUUAGAAGAAUCAAGUACAGAAUGUGUAGGAAGUGUGGGUCUAGCAGAUGAUAAAGAUGUCAUGGAAAAUUUCACUAUGAUCUGUUACUAUAUAGUCAGUACUGGAUUAGAAGAUACCUUCACCUUAACUACCUCAGGACAACUGUGUGUUCAAAAAUCAAUUGAUAGAGAAGUAGUUCCUUACACCUAUCUUGUCAUCAAAGCUUCAUCUAAUUGUUAUGAAACCAUCACCCCAACAGUGAUUCCUGGAGAUUCUACAGUACCACCAGAAUAUGUAGAAACAGACUUGACACUACUCUGGGUCAAUGUGUCUAUAGCAGAUAUUAAUGAUAAUAAACCAAAGUUUAAACGGAGUGAAUUGCUCCUGGGUAUCACUAAAACUAUACAGUUUGGUACUUUUAUUUAUAAUCUAAAGAACGAAGUCAAAGAUUUGGAUUCAAGUGAAUUUGGAAUCAGUAAAUUUACACAAAUAGGUGAUGUUGAUAUCCAACCAGAAGCAUUACGUAAUGAACUUGCUGGACAGGUUCCAUUCCUUCUGUACACUAAUGGCAGUGUUAAAACUAACGCCUACUUUCGAUCUACUAUGUAUGGUUAUUUUAUACUCUCAAUGGUGGUUCAAGACAAAGGUGGCAAAAAUGACACAGCAAAAUUGAGGAUUUCAUUGAUAAAUGAUAACCAAAGGUUAAAGGUCAUUUUCAGAAGAAAAGUUGCUGUGGUAGGAAAUUUUAAAGAUGAAUUUGCUAGUGAACUUCAGAAUAUAACAGGAUUUAGAAUUGUAGUAGAUGAUAUCAGAACUCAUAUUAAUUCAUCAGGCAUGCCAGAAUUAGACAAAACUGAUAUGUUUAUACAUGGUGAAGAUCUAAAGACUAAUGAAGUUGUACCUGCUUUAGAUUUACUAACAGCUAUAGAUUACAGUGCUGAAAGAAUGGUAGAUAUUUUGAAUGGAUAUAAUAUAGUUAAAAUUGUUGAAACAGACCCAGCAGAGAAAGAAGAUAAUACUAUCAGGAAUUUGAGAAUGGCUCUAAUUUUAGUCUCUGUAAUUCUAGGAUCAUUAUUAAUUAUCCUGGCAGUGGCAUUUUAUUUCAGUCGCAGGAAAUAUCAACGUAAACUAAAAGCUGCUACUGCUAUGGCUUAUGGAUCCAAAGAUUCAGAUUUAUAUAAAUUAGAGAUGCCAGGAACGAAUAUUCAUUCCUAUGAGAAUGCCAAUCCUAUUUAUUUAGAAAAAAUUCUUCUGGCUGAGGGAGAAGAAGAUGGUCAAAAUUCAUUAGAUGAAAAUGCAAUAGAAACGAACCCAAAUUAUGAUGAACAGGAAGUGACAAUGAACAUUUACCCCGAAGAUCGUGAUCCUGGGAAUGUGGAGGGGACCACAGAUGUUUAUCUAAAAGCAGCUUUAAAGGAACAUGAAACUUCUAAAAAUUUGAAAAAUAAUGAAAUUAAUAAAAGUAUUCCAAAUGGAAAGUUAAAAAUACGGAAUGGACAAACGACUUCACCAGUGGAUGAGAAUGAACUCAGUACAACGCGAAAUAUUGAUGGCCUACAGACUACAGAAAUUUAA